AAUCCAACGGUAAAAACUAUAACCAUACUGUAUGAUCCUGGAGUCUCGCCCAUACUAACACUCCACUACUCUCUCACUCUUGCAAUGCACUUUGUGAGUACGCCUUUAUGGCCUACUACAAUUUUCUUAGUACAUCGUUUAUGAACAAGUGUUACUUAAAGUGGAGGAGGACUUGAAGUUCAACUUCUUACAAGUUUUCACAAUCUGGGUAUGUGUAAUAUUUAUGUAAAGUGAAAAUGGAGAGGGGAAGGCCAAAUAUGAGAGUUCGCUACUCAGGUUCAACACCUUCAGAGGAAUCAGCUUUAGAUCUUGAAAAGAACUGUUGCGGUCAUUCUAAUCUGCCUUCAUUUAGUUCACCAAGUCUUCAACAAUAUGCAUCUGGAGGACAGCACUGUGAGAGUAAUGCUCCAUACUUUUCAUGGCCUACUUCAAGCCGGCUAAGUGAUGCUGCGGAAGAGAGAGCAAACUACUUUGCAAACCUACAGAAAGAAGUCUUAAAUGAAACUCCUGGUCGCUUGCCAAAAGGGCAGCAAGCAAACACUUUACUGGAGCUCAUGACCAUUAGGGCAUUCCACAGCAAGAUCUUGCGUUGUUACAGUCUCGGCACAGCAAUUGGUUUCCGUAUCCGACAAGGUGUUUUGACAGACAUACCAGCUAUUCUGGUGUUCGUGUCAAGGAAAGUUCACAAGCAAUGGCUUACUCCACUUCAGUGUCUACCCACCGCGCUGGAGGGUCCAGGAGGUGUAUGGUGUGAUGUUGAUGUUGUGGAAUUUUCAUAUUUUGGCGCACCUGAGCCAGCACCAAAGGAACAAUUGUAUACUGAAAUUGUUGAUGACCUGCGUGGGAGCGACCCGUGUAUUGGUUCUGGUUCACAGGUAGCGAGUCAAGAGACCUAUGGAACCUUGGGUGCUAUUGUGAGGAGUCAAACAGGCAACAGACAAGUUGGUUUCCUCACAAACCGACAUGUUGCAGUUGAUUUAGAUUACCCAAACCAGAAGAUGUUCCAUCCUUUACCUCCAACACUUGGACCUGGUGUAUAUCUUGGUGCAGUUGAGAGAGCUACUUCAUUUAUCACAGACGACCUUUGGUAUGGCAUAUUUGCUGGCAUUAACCCAGAGACAUUUGUAAGAGCAGAUGGGGCAUUCAUCCCGUUUAGUGAUGAUUUUGACUUGUCAACUGUUACUACAUCUGUGAAAGGUGUAGGAGAGAUUGGAGAUGUUAAGAAUAUAGACUUGCAAUCUCCAGUCAAUAGUCUUAUUGGUAAGCAGGUGAUGAAGGUUGGAAGAAGUUCUGGCUUGACUACAGGGACUGUGUUGGCGUGUGCGCUUGAGUAUAAUGAUGAAAAAGGAAUAUGCUUCUUAACUGACUUUCUAGUUGUUGGGGAGAACCAACAAACUUUCGACCUUGAAGGAGAUAGUGGAAGUCUCAUCAUUUUGAAAGGAGAUGAUGGGGAGAAGCCAAGACCAAUUGGAAUUAUAUGGGGUGGAACUGCCAAUCGGGGUCGUCUUAAACUGAAAGUUGGUCAACCUCCAGAGAACUGGACUAGCGGGGUAGAUCUCCGACGGUUGCUGAAUCAUCUUGAACUCGAUCUAAUUACAACUAGUGAAGCACUUAAAGUUGCAGUGCAAGAACAAAGAGCUGCUUCAGCAACAGCAGUCGGCUCUACUGUUGGAGACUCCUCACCACCCGACAUAGUACUUCCAAAGGACAAAGCAGAGCCUCUUGGAAUCAACAUCCAGCAGAUUCCAGUAGAAGACGGAAUAGGAGGCCUAGAUGUGAACUCAUCGCCAGUGGAAACCGAGUUUCAUUUGGAGGAGGCGGUCAACAUUGGUCCAAGUGUUGAGCAUCAGUUCAUUCCAAGCUCAUUUGGGUGCUCUCCCCUGCAUCGGGAUGAUCAACGAUGUAAUGUGGCAUCUGAUAAUCUUUCUGCUUUGAGAAAUGGGUCUAGUGAGGACCUUGGUUUUUCAUUGCAGCUAGGUGACCAUGAGCCUAAAAGAAGGCGUUCUGAUCCUUCACCUAGCGGAGAAGCUAAAUGAGCUUCCUCUAGUAAUGUAACUAACAAACUGUUGAAUAUUUUCUUGUUAAAGCGGGAGACUAAAAAUUGUUUAGGGGAGUGCGAGUAUUCCCUCUCAAGUUGUGGGGUAGUUAAAAAUUGUUAUUCCUUCACAGUUUGAGUUCAGCUCAAUUCUUGGGCUGUGUUCAUGGGAUGAAAUUAUGGGAGAAUGAAAUGAAAUUUGUAAUCUAAAUUAGAGAUGAUUGGAAAAAAGUUUUAUAAUUUUCAUUAUUUCAUCAUUUCA